AUGAAAAAAUUAGCUUUAUUAAUUAUUCAUUUGAUUUUUUGUAUCUGUGCUACGAUUCCUAACCCACCUAAUAAACGUAUCGUUUUUACUCUUUAUGAUGCAAAAAUAAAAUUCUACUCAAAUUAAGACUAUGUGAGUAUGAAAGUUGAUUUUAGCUCAAAUAUAAGCUAUUUCACAUCUCCAGAUUGUGUUAACUGUCUUAUUUAUAAUGAUAAUCAACCAGCUACUGUGUAAUGUAGCACUGCUGCAAAUGCGUGCAUCGUAAAGGAAAAAUUUUCUGAAAAGAUAAAUCAAUACUACUCAGCUUAAGGUGAUGUAGUUUAAAUAAGAAUAUAUUAUCAAGAAGAAUAUAAUAAGUAAAUCUAGAAACCUUUGAUUAUAGAAAAAGCUUUUUAUGUAAAAAAUGUAUUCCAAAAUAGCAAAGACCAGCGCUAUGAAUAUUAUAGCCUGGGUUUAGGUUUUGAUAAAAGUAUUGAAUCUAGCUUUUUAAGCGCCUUUUAUAAACAAGGUAAAAUAGAUUAGUUGUCAUACUCUCUAUAUCUUUCAUCAGAUAAUAUCUAUAUUCUAACUUUGGGAGGAUAUGAUUUAAAACUUAUAUCUGGCUAAUUCAUAAUUAUGAAGAAUAUAGAAAGUUAAAAGUAUAACAGCGAUAUAUAUUAAGCGAAUAUAGAGUUUUUUGGAUAACCAAUAGAAUCUUUUGGAUAAGAUUAAAAAGCUGCCACUGUUUAUAUAGAUCCUAAUAUUCAAGAUGAAAUAAUUUUACCACAGUAUAUGCUCAAUAAAAUGUAACAAAUUCUAUCCUCUUUAAGACAAGAGCCUGAUCUAUAAGCUAUGACUAUUGACAAUCCAGGAUAAUGGUCAAGCAUAAAUGAUUAAUAAACAUUAGGAUUGCAUUUCUUUGCUGAAGAUGUUUAAGGUUAACUGGAUACAAAUGUAGAUGUUUUAUUUAAUUAAAAUGAGUUUAUGGAAUAAUAUGGUGAAGGAUACAGACCAAGAAUAUCAUUUAACGUUGAUAAAGAUGAAAAAAUACUUAAAAUUGGAAGAAUGCUCCUAAAAAAAUUUAUGUUAUAUAAAUAUAACCCAGACUAACCCAGAGAACCUAUUAUUAGAGCUUUUGCACCAUUAAAAAAACAUUAAAGUUAAUAAUAAGAAUGA